AUGACUCCUGAGAGAAGAAGCACUUUUCAGUUCAAAUACAAGAAAGUGGACCUGGUCAGCCUGCAGAAGUUGAGUGCCAAAGUGACACCGAUCAUACUCAAUAGCUUUGUGCAAGACUAUGGAAGAAUUUUGGACAUCUUAGAUGAGAAGACGGACAUGAUGAUUGCGGUGACUAUUUCUCAGUUCUAUGAUCCAUCUCUACGUUGUUUCACAUUUAUUGAUUUCCAGUUGGCUCCUACCUUGGAAGAGUUCGAGAGGAUUGUAGGCUGGAAUCUAAGGGAUCAUAAUACAUUUCCUAAGUUUGAUGAAGGUAUUCCUCCUAAGAGGAUAGCUUUAGCUUUGGGCUUGAAGGUUUCUAAAGUCGUAGAAAAUUGGGAUGUGAAGGGAGAUUUUAAUGGUUUUUCUAGAAAGUUCUUGGAAGAUCAAGCUAAGAAGAUGGAAAUAGAGGGUAAUUGGAAAUCUUUCUAUGCCGUGUUAGCUGUGUUGGUAUAUGGGAGAGUUCUCUUCCCAAAUAUUGACCAUUUUGUGGACCAUCUGGCUGUGAGGAUCUUUCUCUCUGGUAACCCUAUAUCGUUCCUCCUAGUGGACCUUCAUUAUGCUCUUCAUGAGCGUCAUGAGAAGAAGGGAGGAACCAUUUUAUGUUGUACACAGUUGUUGCAUGCUUGGUUUAGAUAUCAUAUUCCCGAAUAA